AUGACCUCGCGUCUAGUGCUGGUCAUUGGGGACCUGUUCAUCCCCGACAGGGCUCCAGACCUCCCUGCACGAUUCAAGAAACUCCUCACACCCGGAAAGAUCGGGCAGAUCUUAUGUUUGGGCAAUAUAACAGACCGAGAAACAUUCGAAUUCUUCAGACAAAUCGCGCCCGACCUACAACUCGUCAAGGGUGACUUUGACGUCGACUCCCCGAAUCUUCCGUUAUCCAAAGUCGUGACGCACGGAAGUCUUCGCAUUGGGUUUACCCAUGGCCAUACCAUAAUCCCUCCCGGCGAUGCCGAUGCCUUGCUCAUUGCCGCCCGUCAGAUGGAUGUCGAUAUCCUUCUUUGGGGCGGUACACAUCGUUUUGAGGCCUUCGAGCUGGAAGGCCGGUUCUUUAUCAACCCCGGAAGUGCCACUGGUGCUUUCAGCACCGGCUAUUUCCCGGACGAUCAGGAACCGGUUCCAAGCUUUUGCCUGAUGGAUGUCCAAGGAGAUGUGCUAGUCCUUUACGUUUACCAAUUGAAAACUGAUGCCAACGGAGCCGAAUCAGUUGCUGUCGAGAAGGUGUCUUUCCGCAAGCAAGGCAAUUCCCCAUCUUGA